AUGCACCUGAUUGAGGUGUUGGAGCUGGAUGCCGGUUCGGGGAUACCGCUGGAGACGGUCGGGUCAGCUUACACGCCCCAAGGCUCCGAGCAAGGAGAUGAGUCUUCGCUGGACGACUCGGAUUACGACGACCUGUUUUCGGACGAGGACGAGGACAUGAGGGACCUCGAGAGCGACACGGAUCCGGAGGACGACGAGAGCGUGCUGGACGGCGUUCCGCCAGAGGUGACCAUCCCGCAGGCGCAGCUGGACAGCAUUCUGGGCCAGAUGGCCGUCAUUGUGCCGUGCAAGGGCGAGGACCCCAACACGAUCGAGGGCGUGCUCUCGGGCAUCCCCCGCGGGUGUCUGAUUGUGCUGGUGUCCAACAGCGAGGGGCGGGCGUACAGAAAGGAGGUCAUGAUGCUCCGAAAGUUCUGCCGCCACGCCCGGCCCGCCUUGGCGAUCCACCAGAGCGAUGCCGCGGCGGCAGCAGCCUUCAACAUGUAUGGCCUGCCCGACCUGGUCACGCACGUGGCCGGCGGGAGCCACAAGCGCAUCCGCAAUGGAAAGGGGGAGGGCAUGAUGCUUGGCAUUGCCCUGGUGGCUGCUCUGUGCCCCCAGCGCCGCUAUGUCGCCUUUGUCGACGCCGACAUCACCGUCCCCGGAGCCGUCAACGAGUACUGCCGGGCCUUUGCCGCCGGCUUUGCCCUCAACCCCAACCCGGGCACCGAGACCAUGGUGCGCCUGCGGUGGGCGUCCAAGCCCAAGGUCAGGAACGGCGAGAUCGACUACACGUGCGAGGGCCGGAGUUCGCAGGUGGUCAACCGCUGGCUCAACAAGCUGCUGUCCGCCAUGGCCGACGCCGACCCCACCGGCAGCCUGGCCGCCGCCCGUGACAGCGAGAUUAUCGUGACGGGCAACGCCGGCGAGCACGCCAUGACCAUGGACCUUGCUCUGAGCUUGCGGCUCGCCAACGGCUACGCCAUCGAACCGUUCCAUUUUGUGGAGCUGCUGGAUCAACUGGCCCCGCAGAAUGUUAAUGCUGCUGCUGCUGCUGCUGCUCAUGCCGGCUAUAACGCGGGCCGGGUGCCAAAUCUGCAGCCCGUCACCAUCAUGCAGAUUCGCACCAGGAACCCGCAUUUCCACCGGGUAACCGACGACUCACAUGUGCGCUCCAUGUGGGCGAGCGGGCUAGGGUCCAUUUACCACCAUCUGCCCGCUUCCUUGAACAACAGCACGACGCAAACACCAUCACCACCAUCUUCGGCGGCUUUCUCCUCCUCCUCCUCCAAGAGCUUUGCGCGUGGCGAGAAGCUGCGUGGAGACAUCUUGGAUUUCCUGGCCGACAACCACGAAGAACACGAUAACUCCAAGGGAGAGCUGGUCCAUGAGCCACCACGGCCACGGAUUUACCCGCCAGUGCGCCAGCUGGACCUCGACGGGUUCCGAGAAAUGGUGAGGAGCGAGCACAAGACGCUGUACUGUCUGAACCUCCCGCAUUUCAAGCUUCCGAGGCCAAACACCAUUGCGCCUGUGUAUCACCACCAGUACGGAGUCACGCCACCAUUGUGA